AUGGCGAUCCACGGCGAGCCCUCUUCCUCCGAUGCGAGCGGGAAGAAGGACUACUCCAUGGCGAUUCUCGAGAGAAAGAAGUCGCCGAAUCGACUGGUGGUCGACGAGGCCACCGGCGACGAGAACUCCGCCGUCGCUCUGCACCCGGACACCAUGGACAGGCUGCAGCUCUUCUGCGGCGACACCGUCCUGCUCAAGGGCAAGAAGCGGAGAGACACGGUCUGCAUUGCGCUCCCAGACGACACAUGCGACAAGACCAAGAUCCGGAUGAACAAGGUCGUCAGGAAGAACUUGAGGGUCCGGCUCGGCGACGUCGUCUCUGUUCAUCCGUGCCCAGACGUCAGAUACGGGAAUCACGUGCACAUACUUCCCGUCGACGACACGAUCGAAGGGAUCUCCGUUAGCCUGUUCCAUGCCUUCUUGAGACCAUACUUCCUCGAGGCCUAUCGACCCGUCAGAAAAGGGGACCUUUUCCAUGUGAGAGGCGGGAUGACAAGCGUGGAGUUCAAAGUCAUAGAGACUGACCCUGCAGAGUAUUGCAUCGUUGCACCUGAUACAGAGAUAUUCUGCGAUGGUGAGCCUGUCAGGAGGGAGGAUGAGGAGAAGCUGGACGACGUUGGCUACGACGAUGUCGGUGGAGUGAGGAAGCAGAUGGCCCAGAUCAGAGAGCUGGUUGAGCUCCCACUGCGCCAUCCCCAGCUGUUCAAGUCCAUUGGUGUGAAGCCUCCAAAGGGCAUCUUGCUGUAUGGGCCACCUGGGACUGGCAAGACCCUCAUUGCUAGAGCUGUGGCUAAUGAAACAGGUGCCUUCUUUUUCCUGAUUAAUGGCCCAGAGAUUAUGUCGAAGCUAGCCGGAGAAAGUGAGAGCAACCUCAGAAAGGCGUUUGAGGAGGCCGAGAAGAACGCGCCGGCCAUCAUCUUCAUCGAUGAGAUUGAUUCCAUAGCCCCAAAGAGAGAAAAGACCAACGGAGAAGUCGAAAGGCGUAUUGUUUCGCAGCUGCUCACUCUUAUGGAUGGGCUUAAAUCCCGUGCACAUGUUAUUGUUAUGGGUGCUACGAACCGCCCGAACAGCAUCGACCCUGCUCUCAGAAGAUUUGGUAGGUUUGACCGCGAGAUCGGCAUUGGGGUCCCUGAUGAAGUUGGACGGCUUGAGGUUCUCCGGAUUCACACUAAAAACAUGAAGCUUGCUGAAGAUGUUGAGCUGGAGCAUGUUUCGAGGGAUACUCAUGGGUAUGUGGGCGCCGAUCUCGGUGCCCUUUGUACUGAGGCUGCUCUCCAGUGCAUUCGUGAGAAGAUGGAUGUCAUAGACCUCGAGGAUGACACCAUUGAUGCAGAGAUACUGAAUUCCAUGGCUGUCACGAACGACCAUUUCAAGAUUGCACUAGGGACAAGCAAUCCAUCUGCUCUUCGUGAAACUGUUGUUGAAGUCCCAAAUGUCUCUUGGGAGGAUAUUGGUGGCCUGGAGAGCGUCAAAAGGGAGCUGCAGGAGACCGUCCAGUAUCCCGUGGAGCAUCCGGAGAAAUUUGAGAAGUUUGGUAUGUCUCCCUCCAAAGGUGUUCUGUUCUAUGGACCUCCGGGCUGUGGUAAGACCUUGUUGGCCAAGGCAAUUGCUAACGAGUGCCAGGCUAACUUUAUCAGUAUCAAAGGACCAGAACUGCUUACCAUGUGGUUUGGUGAGAGUGAGGCCAAUGUGCGUGAGAUUUUCGACAAGGCUAGGGGGUCAGCGCCAUGCGUCCCCUUCUUUGAUGAACUUGACUCAAUUGCCACUCAGAGAGGGAACAGUGUUGGUGAUGCUGGAGGUGCCGCUGAUAGAGUGCUGAAUCAGCUUCUUACCGAGAUGGACGGAAUGAAUGCCAAGAAAACUGUGUUCAUCAUCGGUGCUACCAACAGGGCAGACAUCAUAGACCCUGCCUUGCUUAGGCCUGGACGCCUUGAUCAGCUUAUCUACAUUCCUCUGCCUGAUGUUGAAUCCAGGCUCCAGAUCUUCAGAGCCUGCCUCAGGAAGUCUCCUGUGGCCAAAGAUGUUGACCUAAAUGCUCUCGCCAAAUACACACAGGGGUUCAGCGGUGCAGAUAUCACUGAAAUCUGCCAGCGUGCAUGCAAAUAUGCCAUCAGAGAAAACAUUGAAAAGGACAUGGAAAAGGAGAGGAGGCAGAAGGAAAACCCUGAAGCCAUGGAGGAAGACGAUGUGGAUGAGGUCGCUGAGAUCAAGGCUGCUCACUUCGAGGAGAGCAUGAGGUAUGCUCGCCGGAGUGUGAGUGAUGCUGAUAUUCGCAAAUACCAGGCCUUUGCUCAGACGCUGCAGCAGUCCCGUGGUUUCGGCAGUGAGUUCCGAUUCCCUGACCAGCCUGCGGCAGGUGCUACCCCUGCGACCGAUCCUUUUGCAUCCGCUGCCGCGGCAGCUGAAGACGAUGAUUUGUACAGUUAA